AUGUGGCCGAAACGAAUAACACUCAUCACUCCGUCCUGGUCGGCCUUCAGGACGGCACGGUCAACGCGAGACUCCCGAUUCUCGCGCCGGCCGAUACGAGAUAAUCUCUCUCGAUCCAGUCGGCACACUAAAAGCCGCCUGUCAAGCAGUCGGUCGGGUGAUAAAUCUCCCGAAUCAAACCAGUCCGGUCAACGAGCUAGUUCGUCGUCGCUUGACGCCCUCUCCUCCACUCUACAUGACACGAAUCCCCAGAAUAACAGCCUACUCGCGCCUGUGCAUAUCCCAGAAGAUCCAAGCGCUGUGCUCAAAGAUGGACACCCGGCUACGAGGAUACUGGCCAACUCUGGGCUCGUGGUCCAGAGGCAGCUUGAAAUGAUGAACGUCCUGCUGGGAUUUGAGCAAGCGAACAGAUAUAUGAUCUUGGACGCACAGGGGAACCAUGUGGGAUAUAUGGCGGAACAGGAAACGGGAAUGGGAAGCAUGAUAGGUCGCCAAUUCCUCCAUACACAUCGACCAUUCGUCACUCACGUCUUUGAUGUACACCAGAAUGAAGUACUAAGGUUCCAUCGUCCAUUUUCGUGGAUAAAUUCACGUAUCCGAGUCUACGAUCCUUUAGAAGCGGCGGAUCGAACGCGAUCUGGACCUGCGGGGUCUCAACUUAUAGCUGGGCCUACAGGAGGCGUUGCGAGAUUAUCAACUUUGGAUCAUUCACAAAUGCGAGUGGUUGGAGAAGCACAUCAAGAAUGGGCCUUGUUGCGACGCAAGUACAACCUUUUUCUUUUCCAUGAGCCGCCAAUACAGGAAACCAAACUCUCGACACAAGCCAUAUCCUUUUCAAGCUCCAAUCUAUCAAAACCCCAGCAGUUACAGGUAUCUCUAGUUGGAGGCGGUCUAUCGCAAGCCCGGCUUGCACAAUUUGCCUAUGUGGACGAACCCGUACUUUCAUGGGACUUCUCCCUUCGCACUGCUAGCUCGCAACUGAUUGGAUCUGUAAACCGCAAUUUCGCAGGAUUUGCACGAGAAAUCUUUACGGAUACGGGUAUAUAUGCUCUUCGUAUGGAUUCAGCCGGUUUGGAGGACCAGAGGCUGCGAGAGGAGACUGCACGAGCUCAAGCUCAUCCAAACAUUUUAGCUCCCAAACGGGCUGUACCACCACCGAUGACCUUGGAUCAGCGAGCAGUCAUGUUAGCGACUGCAGUCAGUAUAGAUUUUGAUUAUUUUAGUCGACAUAGUGGCUCUCAUGGCGUGCUUCCGUAUGGCAUGAUGGGACUUGGCGGCGCAAGCUCUGAAGGCGUGGCUGGCGGAGCGGCAGCGGGGAUGGCAGGCGCAGGCACGAUGGCAGGCUACGAAGCGAUGAGGAGGGGAUCUCCGACAGAACCAGAUGUCGACCAACAGCCAACAUCGCAGGAAGGGGAUGUGAGUCCAGGCGAAAAGAGCUGGGGUGAACAAGGGCCUGGACACUGGGACGAACCCGUUGACGAAGAGAGUCAGCACCAAGAUGGGUGGCCUGGUGAAUCUGGGGAUGGUGACGACUCGUGGUCAGACUUCUUCUGA